UGCAGGAGCGCCCGGACCGGACGGGACCCGGAAGGCAUGCGGAGGCCCGGCGGCGGCGGCGGGCAGGAUGAGUGCGCGCGAGGCCGAGGCGGGCGGCGCCUUCCACCUGCGCAUCUACCCGCGGCUGCGCUCGCCCUCGCCCCCUGGGAGCCGGGCACCGUGCCGCGUGACGGCCAGCCGGGACAGCACAGCGUCCGAGGUCAUCCGGGCCGCGGUGGCCAGCCUGCGCCUGGACGGCUCGCGGCGCUACGCGCUGGUGGAGGUGCGGGCGAGCGGCGGAGAGGAGUGGGUGCUGGAUGCGGCGGACGCCCCGGCGCACCGCGUGCUGCUGUGGCCGCGCCGCGCACAGGACGACCACCCGCGGGAAGACGGCUUCUUCUUCCUGCUGCAGGAGCGCGGCCCCGACGGCGCCCUGCAGUACGCGCGCGCCCCGGGCGCCCCGGCGGGCCCCGCCCGGCGCCUGGUGGAGCGUGGGCUGCUGCCCCGGCCCCCGGCCGACUUUGACGACCUCUGCGACCUGCCCGAGCUGACGGAGGGCGCCCUGCUGGAGACCCUGCACCGCCGCUUCCUGCAGCACAAGAUCUACACGUACGCCGGCAGCAUCCUGCUGGCCGUCAACCCCUUCCGCUUCCUGCCCAUCUACAACCCCAAGUACGUGAAGAUGUACGAGAACCAGCAGCUGGGCAAGCUGGAGCCGCACGUGUUCGCGCUGGCCGACGUGGCCUACCACGCCAUGCUGCGCAAGCGCGUGAACCAGUGCAUCGUCAUCUCCGGUGAGAGUGGCUCGGGCAAGACCCAGAGCACCAACUUCCUCAUCCACUGCCUCACUGCCUUCAGCCAGAAGGGCUACGCCAGCGGCGUGGAGCGGACCAUCCUGGGCGCGGGGCCCGUGCUGGAGGCCUUCGGGAAUGCCAAGACAGCCCACAACAACAACUCCAGCAGGUUCGGGAAGUUCAUCCAGGUCAACUACCUGGAGAGCGGCAUCGUGAGAGGGGCCGUGGUGGAGAAAUACCUGCUUGAAAAGUCCCGCCUGGUCUCUCAGGAGAAGGAUGAGAGGAACUACCACGUGUUCUAUUAUUUGUUACUGGGAGUCAGCGAGGAAGAGCGCCAGGAAUUUCAGCUCAAACAGCCUGAAGAUUAUUUCUACCUCAACCAGCAUAACUUGAAGAUCGAGGACGGAGAAGACCUGAAGCAUGACUUCGAAAGACUCAAGCAGGCCAUGGAGAUGGUGGGCUUCCUCCCCGCCACCAAGAAGCAGAUCUUCGCCGUGCUCUCGGCCAUCCUGUACCUGGGGAAUGUCACCUACAAGAAGAGAGCCACGGGCCGAGACGAAGGCCUGGAGGUGGGGCCCCCUGAGGUGCUGGACACGCUGUCCCAGCUUCUGAAGGUGAAACGAGAAAUCCUGGUGGAGGUGCUGACCAAAAGAAAAGCGGUGACGGUCAACGACAAGCUCAUCCUGCCCUACAGCCUCGGCGAGGCCAUCACCGCCCGGGACUCCAUGGCCAAGUCCCUGUACAGCGCCCUGUUUGACUGGAUCGUGCUGCGCAUCAACCACGCCCUCCUCAACAAGAAGGACAUGGAGGAGGCCGUCUCGUGCUUGUCCAUCGGGGUCCUGGACAUUUUUGGCUUUGAAGACUUCGAGCGGAACAGCUUCGAGCAGUUCUGCAUCAACUAUGCCAACGAGCAGCUGCAGUAUUACUUCAAUCAGCACAUUUUCAAGCUGGAGCAGGAAGAGUACCAGAGCGAGGGCAUCGCCUGGCACAAGAUCGACUACACCGACAACGUGGGCUGCAUCCACCUCAUCAGCAAGAAGCCCACCGGCCUCUUCCACCUGCUGGACGAGGAGAGCAGCUUCCCCCACGCCACCAGCCAGACGCUGCUGGCCAAGUUCAAGCAGCAGCACGAGGACAACAAGUACUUCCUGGGCACCCCGGUGCUGCAGCCCGCCUUCAUCAUCCAGCACUUCGCAGGCAAAGUCAAGUACCAGAUCAAGGACUUCCGGGAGAAGAACAUGGACUACAUGAGACCGGACAUCGUGGCUCUGCUGCGAGGCAGCGACAGCUCCUACGUGCGUGAGCUCAUCGGCAUGGACCCCGUGGCCGUGUUCCGCUGGGCCGUGCUGCGGGCCGCCAUCCGAGCCAUGGCGGUGCUGCGGGAGGCAGGGCGCCUGCGCGCAGAGAGGGCCCAGAGCGCAGCAGCAGACGCGAGUAGCCCUGGUCCCCAGGGCCCCGGAGAGCAGCCCAGAGCAGCCGGCACCCCGUCGGAGAAGCUGUACCGCUGUUCUAUGCUAGAUUUCUCAUUUGACCGCUCUGAGGAGUUCGAUAGGAGCACUUUUGAGGACAUCAUUGCUUUCUGUGAAAGCAAGAACGAUUUGUAUAACCAAAUCAUCCAGAGUCUCAAAGGACUGCCCUGGCAGGGUGGGGACCCCCGGCGACUCCUCCGGUCCCUCAGCCGGCUGCACAGGCCGCCCCACACCUUCAUCCUGAAGAGUAAAGGUACCAAACAAAAGCAGAUCAUUCCCAAGAACCUUCUGGACUCCAAGUCCCUGAAGCUCAUCAUCAGCAUGACACUGCACGACCGCACCACCAAGUCCCUGCUGCACCUGCACAAGAAGAAGAAGCCACCCAGCAUCAGCGCUCAGUUCCAGACAUCCCUGAACAAGCUCCUGGAGGCCCUGGGCCAGGCCGAGCCCUUCUUCAUCCGCUGCAUCCGCUCCAACGCAGAGAAGAAAGAGCUGUGUUUCGACGAGGAGCUGGUGCUGCAGCAGCUGCGCUACACCGGCAUGCUGGAGACCGUGCGCAUCCGCCGCUCCGGCUACAGCGCCAAGUACACCUUCCAGGACUUCACAGAGCAGUUCCAGGUUCUGCUGCCCAAGAACGCCCAGCCCUGCAGAGAGGUCAUCGCGGCCCUGCUGGAGAGGAUGCAGGUGGACAAGAGAAACUACCAGAUCGGGAGGACCAAGGUCUUCCUGAAGGAGACAGAGCGGCAGGCACUGCAGGAGACGCUGCACCGCGAGGUCCUGCGCAAGAUCCUGCUGCUGCAGAGCUGGUUCCGCGCCGCCCUGGAGCGGCGCCGCUUCCUGCGCACCCGGCGUGCGGCCCGGCUGCUGCAGGCACUGUGGCGCGCACGCCAGGCCCGCCGGGCGCGGGCGCGGGCACGGGCCGCCGUGGUGCUGCAGGCCGCCUGGCGGGGCUUCCUCCAGCGCCGGGCCUUCCACCUGCACCGCCAGCGCGUCAUCCGCCUGCAGAGCCUGUGCCGCGGCCACCUGCAGCGCCGCAGCUUUAACCAGAUGAUCUUGGAGAAGAAGAAGGCGGAGGAGCAAGCGCGGGAGGCCGCCAUGGAAGGCGCCGUCCAGGACCAGCCUGGCCCCGCCGCCCGGCAGGACUCCGAGCCGCUGGCGGUGGACGCCCCAGCCGAACCCCCACCCCCCGAGAAGGACUCCGCGUCCCAGGGAAGCAUGGCGGCCGAAAGCCAUGACAAAGCCCCGAGCAGCCGGGAGAAGCGGGAGUCCCGCCGGCAGCGCGGGCUGGAGCACGUGGCGCUGCAGAACAAGCACAGCCAGCUCUGUAAGGAGGACAGCACCCUCCGAGAACCUUCCGGAAGGGCUGUCCCAGAGCCGGGAGAGAGCCUCGCAGAGGACAGAAUGGGGGUCACGGAGGACACCCCCUCGGACGUGGCAGCAGAGACCGUAGACAGCACCGAGAGGAAGCGGCCCAUGGAGAAGCAGCAGGUCGAGCCGGACACCGCGGCCUCGGGAGACUCGGGGGCGCCCCCUGCUGGGAGCCCGAGCCCCAGCACCCCACGGAGGCCCACCAGCCUGGCCCUGGCACCCAGCAGCCUGGCCCUGGCGCCCAGCAGCCCUUGCGAAGCCCCGAAAGACCAGGAGAGGGGGGGCGGCAGCCCCAGCGGCCCCGCUCACAUCCAGCGGUACCAGCCCCCCGCCGCCGAGCGCCUGGCCGCCGCCGUGGAGCUGUGGCGGGGCAAGAAGCUGGGCGCCGGCGGGCCCAGUGCUGCGCUGAGCCAGUCCCCGGACCUCAGCGACCCGGCACAGCCCCCCGGAGCCAUCACGCCCACAGAGGAGAGGCACAGCUCCUCGUCCAGUAACGACGUCUCCCAACUGUCUCCUGCCAAGACACAGUCUCCUGCCGAAACCGAUGGCCAGUCAAGCUCCAAGAAGGCUGCUAUCCACAAGAAGAAGUCAGGCGACACCUUCGCAGGCCCUGACACCGGGCUGUCCCCGGGCUCCCAGCUGGACUCCAAAUCCACCUUUAAGAGACUCUUCCUGCAUAAGACCAAGGACAAAAAAUACAGCCUGGAUGUAGAGGAGAUGGAGGAUGUGGCCUCUGGGCCGGCUGUUCUGGAAGCCACUGUGAAGAAGAAUCUAGAAGCGCCCUCCAGCCAGCAGCACCGGCUCGCGGGCGAGAGACAGAGCAAGGAGGCUGGAGGCAGGGGGAAGAAGAACCGCAACCUCAAGAUCGGCAAGAUCACUGUGUCCGAGAAGUGGCGGGAAUCGGUGUACCGCAAGAUCACCAAUGCCAAUGAGCUCAAGUUCCUGGACGAGUUCCUGCUCAACAAGAUCAACGACUUGCGCUCCCAGAAGACCCCCAUCGAGAGCCUGUUUAUCGAAGCCACUGAAACAUUCAGGAGCAACAUCAAGACCAUGUACUCUGUCCCGAAUGGGAAGAUCCACGUGGGCUACAAGGACCUGAUGGAGAACUACCAGAUCGUUGUCAACAACCUGGCCACCGAGCGCGGCCAGAAGGACACCAACCUGGUCCUCAACCUCUUCCAGUCCCUGCUGGACGAGUUCACCCGCGGCUACACCAAGAACGACUUUGAGCCUGCUAAAGGCAAAGCUCAGAAGAAGAAGCGGAAACAGGAGCGUGCUGUCCAGGAGCACAACGGGCACGUGUUUGCCAGCUACCAAGUGAGCAUCCCGCAGUCGUGCGAGCAGUGUCUCUCCUACAUCUGGCUCAUGGACAAGGCGCUGCUGUGCAGCGUGUGCAAGAUGACCUGCCACAAGAAGUGCGUGCACAAGAUUCAGAGCUACUGCUCCUACAUGAGCGGGCGGAAGGCCGAGCCCGGCGCUGAGCCAGGCCACUUCGGAGUGUGCGUGGGCAGCCUGACCAGUGACAAAGCCUCCGUGCCCGUGGUGCUGGAGAAGCUUCUGGAACACGUGGAAAUGCAUGGCCUGUACACCGAGGGCCUCUACCGCAAGUCAGGCGCGGCCAAUCGGACGCGGGAGCUUGCGGCAGGCGCUGCAGACAGACCCAGCUGCUGUGAAGCUGGAGGACUUUCCCAUCCAUGCCAUCACCGGCGUCCUGAAGCAGUGGGCUGCGGGAGCUGCCGGAGCCGCUCAUGACCUUCGCGCAGUACGGCGAUUUCCUGCGCGGCUGUGGAGCUACCUGAGAAGCAGGAGCAGCUGGCCGCCAUCUAUGCCGUCCUGGAGCACCUGCCCGAGGCCAACCACACGGCCCUGGAGCGGCUC